CGAGAUACUUGAACUCCUCCGCUUGGUUCAGGAUCUCCUCCCCGACCCGGAGAUGGCACUCCACCCUUUUCCGGGUGCUCCCUGCUAACUGUACAAAACUUAACCCGACAAAAUUAAAUUUAUGCUGCAGAUAAACCAGCAGCUGGGUUAAAGUGAGGCAGCCGCUGGGUAAGGUAGCCUACCAGGUGACGUAGGGGUGAAAGAGAGGUGGAGGACAAUUUGCAUUGUUUCAACUGUCGUCGAGAAUGACGGGCUGCACUAAAACUACCCAGCACCAUGGAAUUAACCCAACAAAAUGACCAGUACCAGCAACGGUAACACAUGAGUUUCCCCCCCUGCAGAAUAACCCUGAUAUAACGCCCCCCCCCCGGACUAAUAUACAUACAAUGAUACACAGCAUGGAUGAGAUGGAGGGUGUCAGCCCCUCGACCACAGCUGCACCCGUUCCCGAGAGGCGUGCCAGGCCGCCUGAGCAGCAGACGGAGUCCUCCCCGCCCUCGAAGCAACACUGCGAGCACCAGGCCAGGUCACCACAGCGACAGCAAGAGGGAAAGCGGUCACAGCGACGGCAAGAUGAUCACGAACAGAUGCUCGGGGAGUCGGAGAGGCCGAGGUUGCCAGGCCAACACGAGCACUUGCUGGACCAGUCAGCAUGCCCCGCGUCAGAUACAGCGGAGAGCUCUCCUAAGAGAAGGGCCCACUUUCUUCAUGGGCCAUAUCCUGCCACUCACUUCGGACCCAAAGCCUGUAUUCUUCCCAACCCGACCUCAGUUAUGUAAGCAUCGUUGGGAAAUGGAUAGCAGGCACAUCCAGGACCCUGCCAGCCAGAGGCUCACCUGGAACAAGCCCCCAGCCAACGUGCUCGUCAUCAGGAAGAUCAGGGACGAGACCCUGGUGGAGCCCUUUAAAGAACUCUGCAGGUUCCUGGUGGAGGAGAAAGGGAUGAUGGUGUACGUGGAGAGGAGGGUUGUGGAUGAUGCCACCCUGUCCCAGGACGAGACGUUCGGAUCGAUCCGUGAUCAGUUGUGUACCUUCAGAGAAGGUUAUGAUGACAUCUCCGACUGCAUAGACUUGAUCAUCUGUCUGGGAGGAGAUGGGACUCUGCUCUAUGCGUCUUCUCUGUUCCAGGGCAGUGUUCCUCCUGUGGUGGCCUUCCACCUGGGCUCCCUGGGUUUCCUGACGCCGUUCAAGUUUGAAUCUUACAAGACCGAGGUGGCCAAAGUGUUUGAAGGCAACGCUGCCAUCACGCUGAGGAGUCGUCUGAAAGUGAAGGUGGUGAAGGACCUGCUCCAGAGGGCCCACCAGCAGCAAGAGCUCAAUGGCCUGCUGCCUCCCAGUCACACCACCAGUGAGGCUGGCAAGGUCACCCUGCAGCUGCAGGUGCUGAAUGAGGUGGUGGUGGACCGAGGCCCCUCCUCCUACCUGUCUAAUGUAGACCUGUACCUGAACGGACGGCUCAUCACCUCUGUGCAGGGCGACGGGGUGAUCGUCUCCACGCCGACGGGCAGCACAGCGUACGCGGCGGCGGCCGGAGCCUCCAUGAUCCACCCCAACGUUCCGGCCAUCAUGGUCACGCCCAUCUGCCCUCACUCGCUCUCCUUCAGGCCCAUCGUGGUGCCUGCCGGCGUGGAGCUCAUGAUAACCCUGUCCCCGGACGCCCGGAACACGGCCUGGGUGUCCUUCGAUGGCAGGAAGAGACAGGAGAUCCAGCAUGGAGACUGUAUCAAGAUCACCACGUCCUGCUACCCCUUGCCCUCUAUCUGCUGCCACGACCUGGUGUACGACUGGUUCGAGAGCCUGGCCCAGUGUCUGCACUGGAACGUGAGGAAGAGGCAGGCCAGGCUAGCCGACGACCUAUCCGACAACUCGGAUACCGAGAACUGAAACAGCUGUUUUCGCCUUAAAACGGUGACAUCCCGAGGAAUUUUUCAAAAACCCGGCGAAACCCUUCAGUUGAGCCAUAGGGACCAGAGCUCUGGUAGAAGGCUUCUUCUGCUACACUGGAGGCCUGAGCCACAACAUUACAGCACAGGAAAACCCUGACCUGGAUUGAGCUGUGGUAACAAGAACACACACAAGCAUACAUCAACUUCUCUCAGGGUAUUCAUACUCUGAACACCCUGUUAAUCGACCUGAACAGUGAAUCUUUAUGAAGUUAUACUUGACAAUCCGACGGAUUAGGUUUUACCCUACUGCAAAUUAAUGGAAUUAAUGCCACCAAGUAAAUAGGUAGUGUGAUAUAUCUGGAUAAAGUGUAGCAUAGCAUUUCUAGAAGUCUGGCAUUCUGUUUAGAGUGAUCAGUGUAAAUGAUUUGUACAUAUUUGCCAGAGUACAGGUUACUUUUGCGUAAUAUUUAUUGAUUGAGUUUAUGGCCGCUAAAAAGCCCAUGUAAUUGACUGAAAGGAUUGACACAGAUGUUGUUUCACUUUAAACGCUUGUCCAGAUCAAUAUUCUUUUCUAUAUUUCUAAUGUUUGCAGAUUAAAGCAUAAAUAUAUACAAUAAAAGUCUCAGAACAUUGGAUGAACACAGCAUUUGUUUCUAAACUAGCAUGGUGUGCCAGUAUGCUGCAUUAUCUAGCCGAUUAUUCAAACGAAGUAAUCAUGAUAAUUUUCAUUUAGCAGACGCUCUUAUCCAGAGCGACUUAGAGUAAGUACAGGGACAUUCCCCCGAGG